AGCAAAGCUUCCCUGCCUGCCUUUGGCUGCAGAUGAAGAAGAACUUCCAGCUCUUGGGAAGCUCCUGCUGGAUGCCCCUAUGCAGGAAAGGGAGGAAAGAUGCUUGGAGAUCUAACCUUCACCGGGAGAGAGAUGCAGAUCCCUGACGGCUGACAAGAGCUGUUUAUUCUCUCCCGGUGGAAUCCAGGCGACAGAUGUCGGUCGAGCUGUCAGUCCCGCUCAGCGAUGCAAAUCCAAUUCCUGCUCUGGUUGGCGAGGGAAACAGCUUGCAUCCAGCCGGUGUUUAGCGCACGUUGUUCAGAUGCUGCUUCAGCUCCUCCAUGAUCAUCCUGAGAGAUGCCUAUUCUCGCUGGAAGCAAAGAACAUGACUACAGUUUUGCUUCCAGCAAAUCUUGGAGCCAUCUGCUUCCCAUCACAGGGGUCAAGUCCCCUCCCACCAAAGGGAUCCAUUACCAGAAGUUCCAGAGAAUUUACUGCUCAGAUCAACUCCGAGCUGUCGAUGCCAAGAAGGAGGUCAUGAUCAACGUUGGUGGCAGCAAAUACCUCCUACCUUGGAGCACCCUGGACGAGUUCCCUUCUUCCAGGCUGAGCAAACUGAAAUCGUGCAACAGCUAUGAAGAAAUCACCCAGAUCUGUGACGACUAUGAUGAAGACACCCAUGAAUUCUUCUUUGACCGGAGCCCAAGUGCUUUUGGGAUGAUCGUCAGCUUCCUGGCGGCGGGCAAACUGAUGCUCCUUCAUAAUACGUGUGCCCUGUCCUUUCGAGAGGAGUUAAAAUAUUGGGGGAUCGCGGAGUCGAGGUUGGAGAACUGCUGUUUCCAGAAGCUCCUUCAAAAGGUGGAGGAACUGUCGGAGGAGCACAAAGAAGAUGAACUGCAGAGGGCCAAGUUGGUGGCCUGUACCCAGAAGGAGGAGACCAGAUAUGGCCGUUUCAUGAACAACUUGAGGGACAUGGUGGAAAACCCCCAGUCGGGUCUCCCUGGGAAAAUCUUUGCUUGUCUCUCCAUUCUCUUUGUGGCAACCACAGCAAUAAGCCUUUGUGUCAGCACUAUGCCAGACUUGAGGGAAGAAGAAGACAGGGGUGAAUGUUCCCAAAAGUGCUACUAUAUCUUCAUCAUAGAGACCAUCUGCGUCUCCUGGUUCUCCUUGGAAUUUUGCCUGCGGUUCAUCCAAGCCAAGAGCAAAUGCCAAUUUUUCAAAGGGCCCUUGAACAUUAUCGACUUCCUGGCCAUUUCUCCUUAUUACGCCUCCUUGAUCAUGGGGGACGAUGAUGUUUUGGAGCACGACCACCGCCCGGGUGGGAACUCUUAUUUUGAGAAAGUGGGUUUGGUACUACGGGUCUUACGGGCGCUGAGGAUACUGUACGUCAUGCGCCUGGCGAGGCACUCUUUGGGCUUACAAACCAUAGGCCUCACCAUGCAGAGGUGCACUCGUGAAUUUGGCCUCCUGAUGCUCUUCUUGUGCGUGGCCAUCGCCCUGUUUUCUCCCCUGGUCUACCUUGCAGAGAAUGAAUCUGGCAAGGUCCUGGAGUUUACCAGCAUCCCGGCCUCCUAUUGGUGGGCGAUCAUCUCCAUGACUACGGUGGGGUACGGCGACAUGGUCCCGAGAAGCGUUCCAGGCCAGAUGGUGGCUCUCAGUAGCAUCUUGAGUGGGAUUCUAAUUAUGGCCUUUCCAGCUACCUCCAUCUUCCAUACCUUCUCCCAUUCCUAUGCGGAGCUGAGGAAACGGCACAAGCGACUCCACGCCCAACUCUCGAGAAUCAAAAGUGCCAACACGAUCAGCGAAAGAGAUAUCUUCAACGAGAGCGAGAGUUUCGCUUCGGACGAUAGCGAAUACCCCAUCAAGUACAUCUUCAAAGGAUAAGGCUCAUCUCCUUGGCUACGGAACAUGGACUUCAAAGCCGCCGCCACCACCACCAUCACCGAUUUGCCGGGCCUUCCUCCCAAAGAUGAUAGGUAGUCUUCAGCUCUUGCCAUCCACCUCUUGCAACCCACCUUUUGCUGAGAUGCAGCCAUGGAUGCCUGGGUGAGAUCAGACAGAAAUGGACAAGAUUACUAUCUGUAGAGUGGAACGGAGACUAUCAAAUCCUGCUGCUGUCUUCAGCAUCUGAAAAGAAACCUGACUUGUUGGGCCUAUCAAGUUGCAGUCCUACAGAAGAUAGCCUUCUGUAAACUGGGGAUUUUCAGCGUGUAGAGCUGUAAGUCCCCAUCUUCUCCGCUGGACUGUGUUCGAGAUGAUAGAAGUUUGAGUCCCGGGCUUCCAGAGCUUUGCCAGAGCAAAAACGCUGCACUAAAGUGUCACGAAACAUUGCUAAAGCUUGGUUAGAUUUAGCUUGGGUUAACUUGUUUGUGAUGCGGUGAUGUGCAGCCCAUUUAGGAAUCCGGUAUAUUGGAGGACUCCCCCAUUUAGUUAUCAAAUGGUGCAAACCGGCCUCAAAUCCAAUCAGAUGGCUCUUGGACAAGGUGUAAACUAAGAGAGGAAAGAAUAGCCUUUCUGAUCACUGCUCAUCCUAGCUCUUAUGUGUCCAUUUGUCCCUCUCCUCUCCUCUCCUCUCCUCUCCUCUCCUCUCCUCUCCUCUCCUCUCCUCUCCU